AUGUACAUUCCACAGAAACGGGGUACGAUCGACCACAAGAACACCAUCUUUAUUGUUGUAUUCGUCAUAAUUGUUUUUGUGCUCGCAUGUUGUGCACUCGGCUUCUUCCUCGCCCGAUAUCUUCGACAACGCCAUUUUGAACCGAAGUAUAUCCCGGGUCAGUUCUUGAAACGCAAGUGGAAACAAUGGCACCCAGGAAGCGCCUCAUAUGGUCAGGUCCCGACGCAGUCUGCCGUUAGUGGCGACCAGAAUACUUCGUACCAAGGUGCCGGUGCGACGAAUUCUGAAAUGACAACCAACGCAACUGGAGUACAACGAGAGACAUCGAUUCGAUCGAUCAUGACUUUACCCGCUUAUUCACCCAGCCCAAAGCCGACCGAACAAGUCAUCGGACGAGAGGGCGAACGUGAAGGUAUGGAUAUGGUGGUCGAAUUCCCAGAAACUGCAGAAGAGGAGGAGUCUCGUCGUGAGGAUCAAAUGGAAUCACUAUAUCAACUCCGCUUGCAACGUCGCCAAGAGCUAGCUGAUCGGGAGGCACGACGCCAAGAACGACGGUCAGCCCGAGCUCGUGGAGACUCGACUCGACUACAAGAGCUGGCCGCUGAAUCUCGGGCUCGUAGCAAUCGUCGCCGCGAAGAGAAUAGCAGCAGCACCUCACUCAACGCAUCUACUGUUAUAGCAGAGAACCAGUCCCGUGAGCGAGAACGCCGGAUCUCUACCGUGAGCUACGCUUCAAUUGGUCAUGUUCGACAUGAUGGUUCUCGUCUACGAGCAGAUUCUCACGAAUCUGACUCUCAUCCGCUGCUGGAAAACGCCGCUGUGAACCCAUCAUCGGCGUCAAUAAACGAUCAGACAAGUAGCCUCCGCUCCCGUGGUCAGUCGCUCGCAUCUUCGAUCAUAACCGCCGAUACCGGUACACCAGAUGGGGAAGCGCUUUCUUUGCGUCUCACAUCUACACGAGGCUCCAGUCGUCCUGUCUCCCAACUUGAAACCGAAGAUACCGACCUCGGCACUCUCGACAUCCCACCACCCCCUGAAUACGACCAUCUUGAUUGGGGUGAUGCGCCCGCCUACGAGAGUCCAAUCCGAGAACGACACCGAGGACGUAAUGAGACCGGAGAUGCAUCACCCACUCCAUCCCGCUUGCCAUCUAUUCACAUUGACGUCGCAAGUCCUAUUACCGCAUCGCCGGCCACUCCUGAACCUCAACACACAGAAUCAGACAGUGACCCGGAUACUCCGAGGGGACCCACCCGUCUGCCUGCGUCCACCGUUUCAGAGGUUGGAGCUGGUGACAGAGUGGACCACGCCCCUGUCGCAUAA